AUGGCAAGAAAAUCACAGAGUCCAACUCCUCCAAACUCAGGUAACGACGAUGACGCAGCAGAGGACUCUCGUCAGGAAUCUCCAAGAGGAAAUACUCCACCUAGGUCUCCUACUCCAACCGAAUCUCCUUCUCAUAAACAACCAACCCCACCUCCCUCAACGAAACCAAAAGUUACCGUUUUGGUUGUUCUUACAUCAAACUCUAUUUCAACACCACCAGUUACUUAUGUUUCCAUUCCUACAACCACUUUCACCACUACAAUAUCAAACGCACCACCUGUGUCUUCUACACCUAUUUCGAUAAUACCUUUACCUCCUAUCAUUACCCAAACCCCCACCCCUACCAUUCCUGAACAGACAGUGAUCGUCAACAUAUCUGAUACGGGGGCAACUACUAACACUCAACCUCCUGUCAUCACUAAACCACUUUCACCAACCAACUUGUGA